UUCUAGUAUAUUGUGCCGUGCAGCCAGAACCUAAAAUUUCAAUUACAGAAGUGUUAAAAAAAUGGUUUGAAAUCUUAGGUUCUGUCAGAGGUGAAAUCGAUUAACGUUUUCUGGAUUAUAACACCGUGUAUGGUUAUCUAAUUAGUGACAGGGAUUUCUGCCAUUAUUACAUCUUUCUUAUGAUUUUCCAUGGAAGUCGGUACGGAGCACGUGGAAUAUAAUAUUCUUCACCUUUUCCGAUAACUGCGGUAGUCGAUUGUUAUAUAUCACAAUGGCGUCUUUCAAGAAAACGAACUUGAAAAUAUAUACAAAAACUGGGCCAAAUAUCACACCAGAUACCUUAUACUGGAAAAAGCUUGGGGUACCUGCACUAGUUAAAGAAUUUGGACCAAUUGACUACAUUGAUUUCUCUCCAGUUGAGCCACAUUAUUUUGCUGUUACGUGUUCUGUGCGAGUCCAAGUGUACAAUCCAAUUACGAAAGUGGUUCAGAAGAAUUUAAGCCGUUUCCGAGAAACUGCAUAUGGAGGAAGUUUCAGAUCAGAUGGAAAUCUCAUCUGUGUGGGUGGGGAUGAGUGCCAAGUAAAACUGUUUGAUGCCAGCUCCAAGUCCCUUCUUCGUGUAUUCAAGGGCCACGCAAGUGCUGUUCAUCGAUGUUUCUUCACACUAGACAAAACCCACAUAGCAAGUUUCUCAGACGAUAAAUCCGUGUGCUUGUGGGACAUCCCAAGUGAGAGCAAAGUUACAAGUUUCUCUGAACACUCGGAUUAUGUCCGUGCUGGUGCGGUUUCUCCGGUAUCCACAGACAUUAUUCUGUCUGGUGGCUAUGACAAUAUUGUCCGAAUGUAUGAUACCCGCGUUAAGGCUUCAGUUUUCAGUGUCGAUCACGGUGCUGCGGUUGAAAGUGUUAUCUUCCUCCCAACUGGUGGUAUUUUCUUGUCAGCAGGUGGCACAGAAAUUCGAGUGUGGGAUGCCUUCACUGGGGGGCGCCUGUUGGCAAAGUUGUGCCAACAUCACAAAACUGUCACUUGUCUGUGCUUGGGCUCGGGAAACAAACGAUUCCUGUCUGGCUCAUUGGACAGACAUGUGAAAAUAUAUGACGUGUCUACGUAUCAGGUGGCUCACACCCUGGAUUAUCCCAAUGCGGUGCUCAGUCUUGAUGUCAGUCCUGGGGAUGAGACGGUGGUUGCUGGAAUGGUUGACGGCUUAGUGUCUAUCUCCCGACGUGAAGAUGAAAUAAGACCCACCAAGCAGGAACGGAAAAAAGUUUCUUACCGCUACGCACCUGAUGGUUUCCAAGCUACAUCUGUAGAUACGAUAAUCCCUGAGGAGAAGAAGGAGUUAAUGUCGAAACAUGACGCUUGUUUACGCAGGUUCCAGUACUCGAAAGCAGUGGACUGUGUCCUGAUGCCGUACAUCACAAACAAGAAGCCUGCAGUCACUGUAUGUUUAUUCCAGGAACUCAUCAGGCGGAAAGGCUUAAAGGCUGCUUUAGCUGGAAGAGAAGGCAAAUCUCUGUCUGCUAUCCUGAGAUUCCUUAUCAAGUACAUUGGUGACUACCGCUUUACUCGAACCCUUAUUGACGUUGCCAACAUGUUGCUUGAUACAUAUGAUGUGGUUGACCUUGAUAUGGAGAUCGGCGUAUUGUUCCAUCGUCUUGCACGGCGGCUUAGAGAAGAGGAACAGUUGACAGAGGAACUGCUGUCUCUGCAAGGAGCUAUACAACUUUUGCUUUCAGGAGCCGGUGUAGGUGAGAGUGAUAACACAGGCAGUAGGACGAGCGUUACAAACAUACAGCCUUCACAGAGUGCACAAUCAAACUUCAUUGUGAAUCUCACCUGAGUAACAUAUAUCUUGUCUUGCCUGGCCCAUCGCUUAAACCAGUAAUGUAAAUAAAAGAAAGAACAUCUUGAAUUUGA